ACAGAACCGACACGGAAUUGGGUUCAAAUCACCGCGGACCUUUCAGAUGUCUGUUGUACACUGAGAGAGUAAUGUGUUUGUUGUGGUUACUCUGAUCCUCGGAGAGAUAAAAAUGGUUGUUUACAGUCUAUUUAAUUCCGUUGUAUUGGAUCUUCUACUGCGCCACCUGCUGUUAGUCGCCGGAGCUGCAGUCGUGACAGUCUGCAUUUAUUAUUAUGUCCAACGGGACGAUGGAGGACAAACCACCGAGGACACCGAGGACACCACCGUCCCCGAAGACCCAGUUUAUGAACAGACCACGGAACCGGCUCUGGUCCGACACACAGAGGUUGUUCAGGACCAGAUGAUGGAGGCUGAGGCUGAGGCUGAGGAGAAGAUUCAGGAGCUGGUGGUGCCCAAGAUUCAGCUGGAGGACAGAGUGAAGGAGCUGGUGGUGCCCAGGAUUCAGCUGGAUGACAGAGUGAAGGAGCUGGAGGAACUACUCUGUGAGGCACACAAAAGCUAUGACCUGAAAAGUAAGGUCAUUCUGGCUAAAGCAGAGAAGAAACAUCAAAAGGAUGUGAAGACCAUCACUCAGCUGAAGAAGCAGAAUUCUGACCUGACAGAAAGGGUGGAGGCACUGAGAGAAACAUUGAAGAAAACAAAGAACCGUCUCUUUGAGUCUAACAUCAUAUUUGAUGAUAUGUUUAACGAGCAAGAUCAAGAGGAACACCUCAUCCUACAAUCAGUGAACCAAGAGAUGCAGUACACCAUCGUUCAGAUGGAGGUGGAGAGAUCUGAAAAGUUAAUCCAGAUAGAGAACCAGAAAAACAAAAUGAAGGACCUGGGAAACCUGGUCUUUGACAUGAACAUAGAGAUUGAUCAUCUAACGAAUGAGCAAAAGCGAGCACGGGAGGCUUACGGCAUCCUCCGGGCUGAAAAUAUGAAGAUGAAGAAGACCAUCACUCAGCUUGAAGAGGAGAACAGUGAGAUGAAGAAGACCAUCACUCAGCAGCAGGAGGAGAACAGUGAGAUGAAGAAGACCAUCACUCAGCAGCAGGAGGAGAAUAAUGAGAUGAAGAAGACCAUCACUCAGCUGGAGGAUAACAGUGAGAUGAAGAAGACCAUCACUCAGCAGGAGGAGAACAAUGAGAUGAAGAAGACCAUCACUCAGCAGGAGGAGAACAAUGAGAUGAAGAAGACCAUCACUCAGCUGGAGGAGGAGAACAGUGAGAUGAAGAAGAACAUCACUCAGCUGGAGGAGGAGAACAGUGAGAUGAAGAUGACUCUGAUUCCCAAGGAGCAGUUACUGAAGAAACAGGAGCAACCUGCUGGGGCCAUUGAGAGAAGCACGGGAUCCACAUCAAAACUGAGUGAUGAAAAUGUAAAAAUCACAGAAAGUCGUGAGACUCCAAGUGAAAGAAUGAAGAAAAGAAGAAUGAAAAAAUUAAUAAAUGGAGAAAAGAAGAAAGAAAGAGUGCAACGUUAACAAAUAUGCAUCAGUUUCAACAGAAAAUUGAAGAGGACUUCCA